AUGGGAUAUUGUUGUUCCAAGAACCAAAAUAAUUUUAAAAAAAAGGAAGUAGUAGAAUUAAAAAAAUUAUAAAAAGAAGUAAAUGAAAAUGAAUAAAAUAAAUCAUAUGCAAAGGAAUAAGAAUAAAAGUCAUCUAUUAAAGAACAUCAUGUUGAAAUUAAUAGGGAGCCAGCAUCAUAACCAGAGUCUGAAAUAAUAGUAUAGCCUACUCAACAAGUAGAAGAUCUUAAGUCAAUUUUAAAUGAUGAAACGUAAUCAGUUCAGGAUUAAAAGAACUUUUAAGAAGCAUUCAAUAGCAUUCGUGAUAGAAUCAAAAGUUUUAAUAGAAAAAAGGUUUCUAUUGAAGAGUAAUUAAGUAGCUUGUUCAUUAGAGAUUAAGAUGAAAAUGAAUCAAAAGACUAAUUAUAAAAUCAUGAUUUUAAAGGGCCUAGGAUGGUAAAUAGAAAUAUUUGCGAUACAAGAAAUAAAUAUGAUUUCUCCAGAGUAGAAUAAUUUACAUAAUAUAAAGGCAGCAUAACUUUAGUGAAAUUAAUUUAAAAAAAAAAAUCAUCCAUUUGCACUUAUAUUGGUAAAAUAGAACAAAAAUAUUGUUGUGUUAAAUUAAUACCCAUGACCAAGGUAGUUUAUAUUAAUAAAUGGAUUGAAAGUGUUAAAAAAGCGUAGAGUAGAGAAAAUUUAGAGAAAGAGAUUUUUUUAGAUUAUUUAUGUUAAAAAUACCAUUAUUAUAAGAUUGAAUUAUUGAAUAAUGAGCCAGAUUACUGUAAUUGUUAUAUUAUUAGUAAUCUGGAGUAAUAUAAUGCUUAUACUUUUAGGUAUUUUUAUUGUUUUUUAUUUAUAGUCAUCAUCCAUCAAUAAAAUUAAUAGAAAAAUUAUCUAUUGCUUAUUAUCUCAUCUAAAUAAUCUGUGUUGUAUUAAGGAAAGAAGAUGAUUAAUAAGAUUAAUAACCUGUUCGUUUCAUUAGAUAGAUUUUUAAGAAUACGUUUACAGUGAAAAGAAACAAUAUAUUGAUAUCAAGAUUAGAAUAAGAAUAAAAAAGAUAUACAAUAGUUUUAUCUGAUUGGUAAUUGUUGCUUCCUGAAUUUGAAAAUAUAAUUCCUAAUAAAAAACUACAGAAUGAAGAUAAACUCUAUGAGGAAACUGAAAAUAAAUUUUAUGAAAUAAUAUCAAGCUAAAUAUAUCACUCAGAUCGGAUGAGAAAUAUCAUUUAUGUAGAAAAUUUUACCAAAAGAUUUUUGAAGUUGUUAUUUUUCAGAGUUAAUGUUGAGUAAUUUUAUUCAUUAAUUAUAAGUAUACAAUCCGAUAUUGAAUUGUAUGGAUUUAUAAAUGAGACUAAGUUUGAAAAAAUUUGUGAGACAAAAAUAAACAUAAUUGAGAGGUAAGAAUAUCAAGAUUAUUAAAUUUUAACAAAAAUAAUAUAAAACUACCAUUAAAUGUCGAAUUAUUAGAAUGAUCGAAAUGAUUAAUAAAUCUUUGGAUUGACAAAUAAGUUGUUAACAAAAAAAUCAUAAUUAAUUUUUCAAGAAUUUCAGUUAAAUAAUUCAGAUAAUUGUCCUUGGAUAUAUUGGAUUUACCUAAUGCUAAAAAAUUUGCAAAUUGAGAAAUUACGAGCUGCUUUUAUGGACUUAUUAUAAGAUCCCUAAAAAAAAGUGAAUUGA